UGCAGCAUUCACCACACUUGUGUCUCUGUGUGGCCACACAGAAACAGAGAGGCACAGAGGACACACUCCAAGACCCAAACCAUCACAGAGAGUUUACUUUUUUGAUGCUUUUUCCCCUCUUGGGACAGGACUCUGCCGGCUACUGCUGACUUGUAAAAAAUAAAUUGCAAGGCAACUAGCAGUGGAUAUGGCUGGUUGUCUGCAAAGUUUCCCACUUUGUCAAAAGUGGACACUUUUAAAAUGCCUGAUUGUGACAUUUGCUCUCAGCUUCUGCUUUGCCUCAGCAGACGCAGAGCCGUUUGACCCCGCUCACCUUUAUCACCACAGAUCUGGACCUAAUGAAGACAACAUCAUCAUUGCUAACAAUGGGAUCAGGGUGCCUUUUGGGAGGUCUGUGUUUCUGGACCCUGUGAAUGACCUGGUAACAGAAGUGCAGCCUGGUGACCGCUGCCACAUCACAGUUUUGGACAAUGACCCACUGGCCCAGAAACCUGGGAUGCUGACCCCUAAAAAGUUCCCCUGUUCGUUCGGACCAGAUGAAGUGAAAUACACUCAUUUUGGAUCUCGGAGCCCCAGCAAGGAUCGUGUGAAGCUGCAGCUUCGUUAUGACUCCCAGACAGACACGGUCAUCAUCCCUUUCAUGCUGGAAGUGGAGGUGGUUUUCCAGCAGCUUGAGAUCCUCACCAGGAAUAUGCCUCUCAAUGUUGAAAAGCUCAGUGGUGACAGCAACCCUAUUGACAAAAAGGCUCUGGAGUUUUCCUUUGAGGACGGUGUCACACAGUGUAAGAUCGCCACUCUGGUCGGCGCUGGAGGUCUUCCCAGGUAUGGCACUCUUUUGAAUAACCCCUCAAAUGGCCAAAUGAUUGACUGUAAUGAGUUUGUGCAACAGGGCAUUCGCUACAAGCACACAGCUAAAACCAACUCACCAAACAGAGACUAUAUUCCAAUGAUGGUAGAGCUGCAGGAUAACGAAGGCAACACCAUAAUGCAAGAGCAUUUCCAAAUGAUGGUUAGAAUCAAAGAGGGUGCAGAGAAUACCGCUCCUAAACCCAGCUUUGUAGCCAUGAUGAUGAUGGAGGUUGAUCAGUUUGUGAUGACAGCUAUAACAAGUGACAUGCUGGCUGCUGAGGAUGUUGAAUCUGACCCAGAUGAUUUAAUCUUCAACAUAACCACACCACUGAGCCCUCAGCAGGGCUAUAUCAUCAGCACAGAUGAUCGAAACCUGCCCAUCACCUCUUUCUAUCAGAGAGACAUCAAAGAUCUUAAAAUAGCGUAUAAGCCACCCUCAGAGGACUCAGAAGUAGAAAGGAUUUUCCAGCUAGAGUUUGAAAUUGUAGACACUGAUGGAGCCGUGUCCGAUCCAUUUGCCUUUAUGAUUGUGGUGAAGCCUAUGAAUACCUUGGCUCCUGUCGCGACCAAAAAUACAGGGCAGCUAUUGUUUGAAGGGCAGUCCCGAGCUCUCUCCAGCUCCCAGAAUUUAGAGAUUAGUGAUGAGGAUAACCUGGAAGAUGUGAGAAUAACUGUUGUUGACGGCUUAAAGCAUGGAGAGCUGACCAUGCUCGGCGCUCGCAGGAAAUUCUUCACACCUGCCGAUCUAGACGCCGGCAUUGUGGUGUACCAGCAUGACGGCAGUGAUACCUACAGCGACAACAUUAUUUUUAGAAUGACUGAUGGCAGUAAUGAAGUGGAGUUUUUGUUCCCCAUCACUAUUGCUCCCACUGAUGAUGAGCCGCCUAUUAUCAAUGCUAACACCGGCCUGGUGCUAUUCAAGAAUGAAGUGAUGCAGAUCUCUCCCUUCAUCCUGAGUGCCACAGAUAUUGACUCAGAAGACUCCACCAUUAAGUUUAUCUUGGAGGCGCCCUACUCAACUGUAGGGGAGCUCCUGCUAAGGCAAGUGGAGCCUCCCUCUGACCCGUCUCUCUGGAAGUUCAGUGAGACAGAUGAGAUGUUUGAGCAGGUGGUAACUGAAUGGUUUCAGCAGGAUAUUCUGGAUGGAAAGCUGUUCUACCGUCACAUCGGACCCCACAGCACCACCACUGUGAUUGAUCAGUUUGUGUUCCGGGUCCAAGAUGAUAAUGACCCUCCUAAUCAAUCUGGCGAACACAUGUUCACCAUCAAAAUCCAUCCCGUUGAUGACCUUGCCCCAGAGAUUUUUCCCGGCACCACCCUUCACAUGACAGUUCAGGAGUAUGAGCUCACGCACUUCAAGAAAAAAUACUUGUGUUAUAGUGAUCUAGAUUCAGAUGACAGGGACCUGAAGUACACCAUCAUUAAGCCCCCAACUGACACAGACGAGAAUAAUCCAGCACCCUUAGGUGACAUUGUACUGACUGACAACCCUGACACUGUAAUUACAGAGUUCACACAGGCCCAGGUUAAUCACCACAAAGUGGCUUACAAGCCUCCAGACCAGGAGCUGGGCAUCACUCCAAAAGUGGGUCAGUUCACUUUCAUUGUGGAAGACACUUCUGGUAACACGUUAGAUGGACUAUUCACCAUUUUCCUGCAGCCAGUGGACAACAAACCCCCACUGAUCACCAACACAGGGUUCACUGUUAGGGAAAGAAGUUCAUAUAUCAUCACUAAGAAAGAGCUGCAUGCCACAGACACAGAUACAGAUGACGAAAAUAUCAUCUUCACCCUGACUCAGAUUCCUCAGUAUGGACAGUUGCAGUUUUUGGGGAUUGACAUGGCAAACAGUGAAACAUUUGUCCUUGAAGACAUUGCAAAUGGUCGCCUAACUUACAUCCACGGUGGGGAGGAAUCCCUCAGUGACACCAUCAAGCUUGAUGUCAGUGACGGUUUCCAUGAGGUACCCAUCACCAUUAAGAUCACCAUCGAGCCAGUUGAUGACGAGAUCCCAACGAUUAUGCUUCCAGCCGGUCUAGUCGGAGCAGCCAUCGAUGUGCUGGAGAACGGAGCCACCGAGAUUACAAGUAAUGUCAUUCAAGGCCGCGAUGAAGACACAGAUGAUUUCCGGCUCACCUUCAUUGUUGAAGAGCCUCCCAGGCUGGGUGAAAUCCUGGUAAAUGGUGCUCCUGCUGAGAGAUUCACCCAGGAAGACAUCAUUAAUGGAGCAGUGGUGUAUGCUCACACAUCUGGUGAAAUCGGACCUGUCAAAGAACAUGACUCCUUCAACCUUACUCUAUCUGAUUUGUCCGAGCAGUGGGUCGUUGGUGGCAACAAGGUCCAAGGUGUGACAGUUCACGUCACCAUCCUUCCUGUUGACAGCAUUCCACCUAUCGUCAGUGUCGGAGAGCAGUUUGUUGGACUGGAAGGGGAGAAGAAUGUUAUUACUGUCAACCACAUCCAAGCUGAGGAUAUUGACACUGACAAUGAUGAUAUCCUGUGCACCAUCAUCGUCCAACCAACAUCUGGUUACGUGGAGAACAUCUCUCCAGCUGCAGGUUCUGAGAAAUCCAGGGCAGGGACAGCAAUCACUGCUUUCACCAUUAAAGACAUUGCCCUCGGUCACAUCUACUACGUCCAAAGCAUCCACAAAGGGGUUGAACCUGUGGAAGACCGUUUCACCUUCCGUUGCUCAGAUGGUAUUAACUUCUCUGAACGCCACUUCUUCCCCAUUGUUAUCAUUCCAGCCAAUGAUGAGAAGCCGGAGAUCUUCAUCCGUGAGUUUGUGGUCAUGGAGGGCAUGAGUCUGGUUAUUGAUACACCAAUUCUGAACGCGGCUGAUGCUGACAUCCCUGGAGAUGAGCUGCACUUUGAGAUCAUCAAAAAUCCCAAGCACGGUACAAUAGUUCAGCAGCUCAGCACUGGCACCAUCCCUGUGGAGAAAUUCAACCUGGAACAGAUCAAAGAGGGAUCCAACAUUGUCUAUGAGCACGACGACUCAGAGACCAAAGAAGACAGCUUUGUAAUCAAACUCUCAGAUGGGAAACACUCAGUGGAAAAAACAGUUCUUAUCAUGGUUAUUCCUGUAGACGACGAGACACCAAGAAUGGCUAUAAAUGAUGGCCUUGAUGUUGAGAUUGGAGAGACAAAAGUCAUCAGCAACAGGGUUUUGAAGGCCACAGAUCUCGACUCUGAAGACAAAGAGCUUACAUAUGUCGUGCGUUACGGCCCGGGCCAAGGCUACCUUCAGCGCAUCAGCAAGUUUGGUGAUGUUUUAGGUAAUAUUACCCUCGGGAUGAACUUCACACAGGACGAAAUCGACAAACAGCUCAUCCAGUAUGUACACACAGGCCAAGAGGGAAUCCGUGACCUGCUAAAGUUCGACGUCACAGAUGGCAUCAAUCCCCUUAUUGACCGUUACUUUUACAUCAACAUUGGAAGCAUUGACAUGGUCUUUCCAGAUGUUAUCAACAAAGGCGUGACUCUAAAAGAAGGAGGGAGAGUAACUCUUACCACUGACCUCCUCAGCACCUCCGAUAUUAACAGUCCUGAUGAAUUCCUCAGCUUCAGCAUCACAAGAGCACCUAGUAGAGGUCACUUAGAGAGCACUGACCACCCAGGUGUUCCCAUUUCCACCUUCACCCAACUGCAGCUCGCUGGCAACAAGAUCUACUACAUCCACACGUCCGACGAUGAGAUGAAAAUGGACAGCUUUGAGUUUGAGGUGACAGAUGGUUACAAUCCUGUCUUCCGUACCUUCAGAGUGUCCAUCACUAGUGUCGAUAAUAAGAAACCUGUCUUGACAAUAAACAAACUGGUCGUGGAGGAGGGAGAAACCAAGCUCAUCACGCCGUUUGAGCUGACAGCUGAGGAUCGGGACACCCCAGAUAACCUAUUGCGCUUCAUAGUCACUCAGGUGCCAGUACACGGGCAGCUACUUUUCAACAAGACCAAACCAAUCACAACCUUUACCAAACAGGACCUAAACGAGAACCUUAUCAGCUAUAAGCACGACGGCACUGAGACCAACGAGGACAGCUUCUCCUUCACUAUCACAGACGGCACUCAUACUGAUUUUUACGUCUUCCCUGACACUGUGUAUGAGACACGCAAGCCCCAGAUGAUGACUAUUCACAUCAACACCGUGGACAAUGGUGUGCCCCAGAUUGUGGUCAACAAAGCUGCUGCCACACUGAAGGUCCUCCCAACAAACCACCUGGGCUUCGUGAUCACCAGCAAGGCCCUUCGAUCGGAGGACCGCGACAGCUCCCAGAAGGUCCUGAAAUACAUUGUGUCUGAGGCUCCUCUUCAUGGCUUCAUCAUGAACACUGCCCUGGGCAAUGACAGCAUCAAGACCUUCACACAAGCCGAUAUCGAUGACAUGAAGAUCUCUUAUGUGCUGUUGGACGGGAGCAACGCCACAAGUGAUAUCUUCUACUUCACCGUCCAAGACAGUGGUGGAAACAAACUAAAUUAGGAAAAGGUGAUCAUACCAACAGUUCUUCAUCAAGCAUUCGUCGACAUGUACCUCAAAACAUCUUCUGUACAACCGCUGAAUAGAAUGUGUUUAAGAAGUUGUUAAUACCUGUACACAUUUGCCUGGUUUUUGAUACA